AUGGGUCGGGUAUUCGCGCUCUCCCUCACCGUCGUCUCUGUCACCUUCUACCUGUCCUGCAUUUGCGGGCUGGCCGCAGAGAAUAACGACACCGCGACCGCUGGCAUCUGUGGAAACUUUUCUGACUGCAAAUCAUGUAUUCAAAAUGGAACAGGCUGCAAGUGGAUCAAAUGUGAAUCUGAAACUACUGAGGUGUGUGUAAAUGGAACAGAGGAGCAUAACUGUACAGCUGUAGAACAGUGUUCUUCUCCUACAAGUGCUCCUGCUUCCAAUGCUACUACACCACCCUCCAGUGCUACUACACUGCCUUCCAACAGUACCACUGCGUCUUCCAAUACUACCACAGCUACUCCUGCUACCACAGCCCUUACUACUAUAGCUAACGUCACCAAUGCAACCACGCAUGCUCCUCUAUCUACAACUGCCAUUCCUUCAGCUACCACAACACCCACUAUUCCAGGUACUGUGACUCCUGCACCUUCUUCACGCAAGUCUACCUUCGAUGCUGCAAGUUUCAUAGGUGGAAUUGUCCUUGUCCUGGGUCUGCAGGCUGUUGUUUUCUUCCUGUACAAAUUCUGCAAGUCGAAAGACCGAAACUACCACACGCUUUAGGACUUGCCACUUUCCCAAGGACUAGUAGCUCAACACCUGUAGUUCACUGAACCAAAAUAUUUUCUGUUGCUCAUGGAAGACAGCAGUUCGUAAUAUCCUUUAAAUCUAUAAAAGAAGACUUUCAAAGAAUAUUUUUGCAACCUUAUACUUGGCAAGAGGUGAUAUGAAUUUCUUCAACAGGAUUACUUGCAAUACGCUGCAUGGGUUCUAAUGGCUGUCUUAUUUUCCUUUAGUGGCUGCUGCUGUGGGACUUUUUUUUUGAUAUGCCAAAUGUAGAUGUUCAGAGAUGAUUCAGUAGCAACACUGUCUUGAGCAGACAAUCUCAUGAUGACUUAUUGUGAUGGCUAAUCAACAUUUGAUACAGUAUCCUUUCACUUUUAUCAAAAUGUGAGUUAUUGGUGACUGACUUCAGGGAGCGAAAUACCAUUUGUGCUAGUUUAUGGCUGUGCUAGAAAGGUGAACAAAAUUGUAGCAGAUAGUAUCUUAAAAGAAUAACAUAAUCCAUAGUUGUUUUUACAUGAGAAUAAAGGUUGCCUGUUAAAAUACUGCAUUCCAAACAGAACUCCUCUACCCUUUCCAGUUAAUGUUGAGGGUGGAAAGGGGAUGUAGGGAUAAUCCUUCUAAAGGGGAAAUGAAGAUUAGUGCCUUAAAAAGACUAAAAUUCAGUAGGCUGCAGAAGUGUCCCACCCAUCUCAGAUAAAUAAGACUAUUAAAUACUAACUUUGUGUAGGAGAAUGGAAUACAUGUGACUUGAGCAUUCCAAUUUAAAAACUUUUUACACUAAAUAAUUGUCCCUUGUUGACCUUGUUUGAGGGUGAGGGAGCAUGGUACAGUAAUGCUGAGCUACAAAGAGAAGCUUUAAGUUGUUUACUUUUUCUGUUGUGACCUACAAAGACCAACCAUAAAAAUAGUGAUAAAAUUCAGUUCACACCCUGUCUAAAAAGGCAACAACUUAGAUUUAUACUUGAAAUAUUGGUGUUUAGAAAAGCCUGAAGUCUUUCUUACUCAGAUGGUUUUUAAACUCAUUGCAAUUAAUUUCAGGGUCUCGGUUGUUGGGUUUUUUUACCUGCUGAAGGAGCAGUUAAGGGUGGUUCAGCAGAUCUGCUGAUUCAUCCUAGUCAGAAUUGCUGUAGUUCUGGGGCUGCCAGGGCUACACCUGUUUUCCUUUCCCCUCCUUGCUUCCUGGCAUCAGAUGCAUGGCACCCUGCAGUGAUCUGCUUAAGAAAAUCCGUUUGGCCAAAUAGUUGUUUUUCCCUUGGUUGCAUCAGCCAUGUCAUCUGAGCAUCAAAGGUACGUCAUCUCCCAUGCAGAAUGACUUGAGCACCUGUAGAAAUAAACCCACAGGGAAAUGGAAGUUGAGGUGAAAUCAAGUGGUGGGUGUAGCACGUAGUCCGUAGCUUUCAAUGCUAUCCCUUGAUCAGCCAUUUCAGGGUAAUCUGUAGUACUGUCUUGCUAGCUCUGACUGAACUGGAAUUUGGCACCCAAUACCAAAUGAUAGUGUCAAAGCAGCGGGCAGUCACGGUGGUGGAACUUGGGUAGGAAGCAAAUGGAAGUGCACUUCAGUUGGAGACUUAAAGCUCAGUGUUGCUUUCUGGUGUUCUUCUAGUUUGAAUGGCAUUGUUUCUGUUGUGCUGCAUAGGAGACUCAAAUGGCUGCAAAAUACAGAAGUUACUCACCAGUACUGUAUCUUUCAGUUCGUUAGCUUUUGGUUUUCUAAACAGAACUUAAGACAAUCAGCUCAGGUUUAUUACCAUGGCAGAGUGAGCAGCCAGUUUCCAGCAAAAGCAUAUGUGUGGGUUAGAUGUUAUAUCCUUGGCCUUACUGUGUAAUCACUUCAAUCUGUCCUUUCCCUCAGCUAUUUUCUUAAAUUUAUUUGUUUAAAAAGAUACCCAUGAGCUUGUAUUCUGUGCUUUGAAGUGGGCAAAAUGCUCUCCUAAAGCGUGACUCAGCAAAGUAAACUGUAUGCCUAGUAUGUCAUUUUUUUUUUUUUGGCCUCCAAGGGCUGUCUUUUGGGAAACUCACAGACACUUCACAGCAUGGAAGACAUAGCCACAGAAAAGUUGUUGCUCUGUAAAAUGUUGCUAAAAUGCUUAUUCAUGAGCUGUGCUGGUCCUCAUUUAGGUUGCUGAUAAAGUAUACUGGUAAAGCAAACUAAGAAAAAAAAAAAUAUGUUUGAAGUGCCUUAAAGUUGCUUAAUCUUUUGCCUCAGAUUUUGUUUGAAAGGGUAGAAGAGAUAACACCUUGCCUUAGUUACUGAAUUUUUCUUGGUGCCAGCAAUUGCUACUUCCCAAGACUCUAGGAAACCCAGGAUCUCUGACACAUACAGAUGCCAACCUGAAAAACUCAAGCUUAUACUCUGUCAAUUCAGUUCUGCCCUGGAAGGCCUGCACUAUGCACUGCUUGCUCCUUAGCCUUGCCAAAAACAUACAGUCCACAGUUUACAGAGUUGUGGCUUGGAUUGUUUCCCUUUCAGUUGUUUGGGAGGAGGGGAGGCUGGGUUAUACAUCUUCACCAUGUGCUUGGCUGCCUCACUGUAGAAAUUGAUUACUCCUUUGAAACGGCAGUUUCAGCUGAUCUGUACUGCGUACUAGCAAAACAACAAAUCCAAACCUGAAGUAACAACUUGCAGUUUUUCUUGGCCUUGUGUUUUGAAGUGGAAGGUAGCUCAUAGAUUUGUAGUUUGUAUUUGCCCUUAAAUCAGUUUCAGGCACUGAGCUGUAGUGACUCAAGGUUACCUGGCUUUUUCUUGAAGCCACUUUGUGCAAAUAUGGAGCUGUUAUCUUAUGAAUGUUCUCUGCAAGCAUUGCUGUAAAAGUUUGUAUUUUGUCUUCAGUGGAAGAAAACUGAAACAGUUGUAAUCGCAAAACCAAAUUGAUAAAUAAAA